UUCCCCAUUAUCGCCUCAGUCAACCAUGGGUCUCCCUGGGACGCAGAUGUGGACAUGGACUCUUUGUGUUUUCCUCAGCUGGAUGUGUGUGGGUCGAGCCGUGGCAGGACCGCAGUACAUGGUGGCCAUUCCUGCCGUUCUUCAGGCCGGGGCUGAGACCAAAUUCUGUGCCAGUCUCCUUCAGCCCAACGAGACUCUGGUCAUGACCAUCACUCUGAAGUCCUCAGAGAGGAAUACGACCCUCCUCACCAAGACGUCCAGCACACAGUUCCAUAGCUGCACUCAGUUUGUGGUGCCUUUAGCGAAGAAUGAAGAUGUGCAAAAUUUUGAGGUGGAGGUUCGAGGCAACACUUUUUACUCAAAAGAAGUCCGGAAGGUCUUGAUCAGAGUCUAUAACCCAAGAACAUUCGUCCAAACGGACAAACCGAUCUACCUCCCUGGACAAACAGUGCAUUUCAGAGUCAUCACGCUGGAUACCAAGCUGAGACCUGCCAAUGGCCUGUAUGAUAUCAUCGAAAUUCAGGACGCUAACAACAACCGAAUCGGACAGUGGCUGAAUGAAACGUCCAAUAGUAAGAUAUUGCAGCGUUCAUACGCCUUGAGCUCUGAGGCCCGUGAAGGGAACUACCAAGUUAUUGUGACGAUCGGGUUGGACGAAAUACAUCACAGCUUCAAAGUAGAGAAAUAUGUCUUGCCUAAAUUUGACGUGAAGAUAAAUUCAUCCGCUGAAGUGAGUAUCGUCCAGGAGGAAAUCAAGGUGGAAGUAUGUGCAACGUACACGUUCGGCCAGCCGGUUCCAGGCAGUGUUGAAGUUGAGAUGUGCCGACCUCUAAAUCCCUACCUUCAACCCUCUCCAAUCGACCCCAACGACCCCUCUUUAAUCACACCAUGCCACAAGGAGACAAAGCAGACGGACAAAAGGGGUUGCGCCAAGUUUAUAUUCUCAAUCUCAACUUUCACACGUGGGGAAAAGUAUUUACAAGAUCAACUGCAUGUCAUGGCCAAAGUGGAAGAGGAGGGCACCGGUAUUUCAAGCAGACAAGAGGAGACACUUAGGAUUUCAUACGUCAUCGGAAAGCUUUUCUUCACAGACGCGCCCAAUAUUUAUGAUGAAGGGUCAAACUUGGCGGGAAAAGUUCAAGCGGUCUAUUACAAUGACACACCCAUUCCUGAUAUGAGAUUGCACCUGUUUGAGGGGGAAAGGGGGUCCGCACGCCUGCUGCAGAACCUCACAACCAACCGCGAUGGUGUCGCCAUGUUCUCAUUCAGCACAGCAGGACUUGAAGGGGACAUCCAGCUACAUGUUACCGACUUGCUGAGUCUUGACUACCCCGGUUACAGAACCCCGUACUAUGAGGUUGCAGAUCACACCGUGUUGGCCCGAUCUUCUCCUGAUACUCAAACCUCCAGCUCCCUGGAGGUGAAGAAGAAGAAUAACCCACUUCCAUGUGAGCAAGAAGAAGACUUCUCCAUCCAGUACACUGUGGUAGGAGAAGCCCAGGGCUCUGUGGAUGUGAUGUAUCUGGUCUUAGCCCGAGGAGUCAUCGUCGCUCAGGGGGUUAAACAGGUCAAAGUGCAAGACAAAUCAGUGAAUGAGGGCGAGGUCUCCUUCAAGUUGACGGUGUCUACGGACAUGGCACCAGACAUCCAGGUCCUGGCCUACGCCGUCCUGCCCAGUGAGACCGUGAUCGCCAACAGCGCCGACUUCUCUGUGGAGAAAUGCUUCAGUAACAAGGUGUCCCUGGAGUUUACUCCGUCCUCGGCUGUCCCAGGAGAGGAGACCGUCCUGCAGGUGACAGCCCAGCCGGACUCCCUGUGUGGCGUGAGCGCCGUCGACCAGAGCGUCCUCAUCAAGGAGCCGGGGAAAACUCUGGAGGCAGAGAAGAUAUUUGAUCUCUUGCCCGUCCAAAGAAUCUCCUACAUUCCAUAUAUGGUUGAGGAUUCUGUCCAAUGUUUGCACGUGAGACCAAGAAGAUCCGUUUUGCCGUUCCCCAGAAGGCCGACGGAGGACGCUUACACAGUCUUCAGCAAUGUGGGAAUGAAGAUGGCAACAAACCUCCCAUACCGAUUGCCUUCGUGCCUCAUAUACAAAGGAAGAGAAUACAACUAUGGGUUUGGCAUUGAUAUCUUUAAAAGGGUUCAAGCUGCACCAAGAUUGGAAUUUGCAAAUGCAUUACCCCCUCCUAUUAGUCUACCACCAAUAGAGACAGUCCGCACUUUCUUCCCUGAGACCUGGAUAUGGGACCUGGUGGAAGUGGGAAACUCUGGAAGAAAGGCAGUGUCCCUCACCGUCCCAGACACCAUCACCACCUGGGAGACGGAGGCCUUCUGUCUGUCCCCUCAGGGAUUCGGCUUGGCCCCCCGUAAAGAGAUCACAGUCUUCCAGCCCUUCUUCCUGGAGCUCAGCUUGCCCUACUCCAUCAUCCGGGGGGAGCACUUUGAACUGAAGGCGACCGUCUUCAACUACUUGACCAGCUGCAUCAUGGUCAACGUGGCUCCGACCCCGUCCUUAGAAUACACCCUCACCCCCCUCUCAGGUGACCGGUACACUUUCUGUUUGUGUGGCAGUGAGCGCAAGACCGUCAGCUGGACCAUGGCCCCCUCAGCUCUAGGCGUCGUGAACGUGUCGGUGUCGGCCGAGGCCGUGGCGUCACACGCUUCAUGUGACAAUAAGAUUGUGAGUGUUCCAGAGAGGGGUCGCAUCGACGUGGUCACACGAUCCCUCAUCGUGAAGGCGGAAGGAGUCGAGACCUCAGAGACCCACAACUGGCUGCUCUGCCCCAAAGGAGAGACUUUGACCGAGAGAGUACGCCUACAGCUCCCAAAGAACGUGAUUGUUGGAUCGGCCCAUGCUUCAGUAUCUGUCCUUGGUGACAUUCUGGGCCGAGCCUUGAACAACCUGGACGGGCUUCUGCAGAUGCCAUACGGAUGUGGGGAGCAGAACAUGGCGCUCCUCGCCCCCAACAUCUACAUCCUGCAGUACCUGACAAACACACAGCAGCUGACCCAAGCCAUCAAGGACAAGGCCACCAACUUCCUGACCAGCGGCUACCAGAGACAGCUGAACUACAAGCAUGAAGACGGCGCCUACAGCGCCUUUGGAACAGGACCGGGGAACACAUGGCUGACUGCUUUUGUGGUGCGGUCGUUUGCCAAGGCCCAGUCCUUCGUCUUCAUCGACCCAGCGAAGAUCGAAGAGUCUGUGAUAUGGCUGAAAAAUAAACAACAAAAGAACGGCUGUUUCCAGAUGUCCGGAAAACUUUUUAACAACAGAAUGAAGGGCGGCGUCUCUGAUGAAGUGACCCUCAGUGCUUACAUCACCGCUGCCUUCCUGGAGAUGAACAUUUCCGUAGACGAUCCUGAGGUGGAGAAGAGCCUGUCCUGCCUCAGAGAGUCUGUGGGUGACUUCAAGAACACCUACACCACUGCUCUGCUGGCGUAUGUCUUCACCCUGGCAGGAGACAUGAAGGCCCGAGCUCGUCUUCUUAAGCGCCUGGACUCUGUCUCAAUACCAGAGGGAGGGUUCCUCCACUGGUCUCAGACAGCAGCAGAUACGUCGGCCUCUCUGUCCGUGGAGAUCAGCUCCUACGUUCUGCUGGCUAAACUCGGGUCCUCGCCGACCGCUGAAGACCUGGGCUAUGCCACCCGCAUCGUCAGGUGGCUGACGACCCAGCAGAACUACUACGGAGGCUUCUCCUCCACACAGGACACGGUGGUGGCUCUUCAGGCUCUGGCUCUCUACUCCACUCUGGUGUUCAGCCCCGGAGGUUCGAGCACGGUGACGGUCCGCUCCCCCAGUGGCCAGCUCACGUUUGACGUGAACCAGAAGAACAAACUGCUCUACCAGGAGAAGGUGCUGCGGGAGACGACAGGGACGUUCGGCCUGGAGGUGAAGGGUAAUGCCUGUGCUGUGAUCCAGAUUUCUCUUCAAUAUAACGUCCCGACUCCGUCCGUUGUCGCCACUCUCGAUGUCAAGGUCACACCAAAGGUUGACUGUACCAGCAGAAGACGUGGACUUUCUCUGAUGAUCAAGGUCCUGUAUACAGGAGCAGAGGCCAGUACAAACAUGGUGAUCCUGGAUAUUAAGAUGCUCUCUGGGUUUGCCCCAGAUCCGGAGUCGUUGAAAAGUCUCAAAGGCGCCGUGCUGGUUGAUCGAGUAGAACAAACCGGGGAUCACGUUCUGGUCUACAUAUCGGAGUUAGAGAAGAACAUACCCAUCAAUUAUACCUUAGACCUCAUCCAGGUGCUCCAGGUGCAGAACCUGAAGCCGGCUGUGGUCAAGAUCUACGACUACUACCAGCCAAGUGACCAGGAUGACGCAGAAUACAUCUACGCUUGUGCCACACGUAACAAGCCGUUACAAUUUAUAAAAGCAGCUUGAAGAGGGAGGUACCGUCAGGCCUCCAGAGGGACCUGAUUCCAGUAAUCGAUGGGAUUUGUGUUCUUUAACACCGUAACUACUAACACUCAGCGCAUGUCUUUUCCCCCUCAGUGUUCUGGCACAUUGCUUUGCAGCUGUGUAUCUAC